UGUUCAGUUUUGGCACAAGGAAAACUGUUGAGUGAAAUGCAUUAUGGUGUACUAUUUCCUCUAAUUUACACACAUACACACUCUGUCUAUGCAAGCUUUAAAGUGGUAAAGAAUAAAAAUAUCUGUUUGCAAACUAUGCCCAAAACAUGAAUGGCUUCAUUGCCCACGCGAAGUAAUCUGUGUUUCUUUUUGUUUCUGAUACUGAGAGAGCUGUGUGGCUUUAACUCCCAGUCGGUGAGUAAAGAGGACAGUUUCUGGGUGAGCAGGGGGACCGAUAUUUUCAGUACAGUAGUUUGAUGCUGUUGUGAGUAACGAUGGCGGGUCCUUUACUGGAGUUCGAGACCGAAAUGUUUCUGAAUCUGUUCAGUUCGGACGGGUUGCUGCUGACUGCUGAGGGACUCGGGAUUGACCGGAUCCUUCUGCAGUUCCUUCGGGUGUAUUCAGAGGAAGGCAGCCUGGUUCUGCUGCUGAAUACCACCACUGCCGAGCAGGAGUACUUUAUUGAGCAGCUGCGCACAGAGGGGGUCAGUCAUCUCCCUCGGAUUAUCACCAACGAGGUCUCGAGCAGCGAGCGCUAUAGUGUGUACACACAGGGAGGGGUUCUCUUUGUCACCAGCAGAAUUCUUGUGGUGGACUUUCUCACAGACAGGAUGCCUGCCAACCUCAUCACAGGUAUCCUGGUGUACAAGGCACACAAGAUCAUUGAGUCGUGUCAGGAAGCCUUCAUCCUUCGUCUUUAUCGGCAGAAGAACAAGACCGGCUUCAUCAAGGCCUUCACAGACAACGCAGUGGCCUUCAGCUCUGGCUUCUGUCAGGUGGAGCGUGUCAUGAGGAAUCUCUUUGUGAAGAAACUCUUUCUGUGGCCAAGGUUCCACGUUGCGGUGAACUCAUUCCUGGAGAGGCACAAACCCGAUGUGGUGGAGCUGCACGUCUCUCUGACCCCGGCCAUGACUGCCAUCCAGAGCUCUGUCCUUGACAUCAUGAACGCCUGCCUGAAGGAGCUGAAACGCUACAACCCUGCCCUGGAAGUGGAAGAACUGUCCCUGGAGAAUGCACUGGGAAGAUGUUUCGAGAAGAUGAUCCGUCACUACCUGGACCCUCUGUGGCACCAGCUGGGCAUGAAGACCAAGUCUCUGGUUCAAGACCUGAAGAUCCUUCGCACUCUGCUGCAGUACCUCACUCAGUACGACUGUGUCACCUUCCUCAACCUGCUGGAGUCCCUCAGAACCAGCGAGAAGGCCUUCGGGCAAAACUCAGGUUGGCUCUUCCUUGACUCCAGCACCUCCAUGUUUGUUAACUCUCGCACUCGAGUUUACCACAUUCCAGACUCCAAAACGUGCACAAAAACUAAAGCAGGAGAGAAGAGGAUCCAGGGGGAGAAAGAACCGGCAGAGGGGAAGAGAGAGCUGGUGCUGGAGGUCAACCCGAAGUGGGAGGCUCUGUCUGAUGUGCUGAAGGAGAUCGAGAGGGAGAACAAGAACACAGAGGACGGACCAGGUAGAGUUCUUAUCUGUGCCAGCGAUGACCGGACUUGUGCCCAGCUGCGGGAGUACGUGACCCGUGGGGCAGAGGCUCUGCUGACCAGACUGUACAGCCGGACCUUUGGGAAAAACGAAGCGCCACCCGAGCUGAGCAAGGACAGGAGAGCUGUCAGCAAAGGGAGGGGGAAGGGCAAGUCAGACAAGGGACCGCAGGCGAAGAAAUCCAGAAAACAGACUGGAGGAAAACAGGGAGGAGAGCUCACCCUGACCCAGAUGCUUGGGAAACUGGAAGAAAAGGAGACAGAGGAGAGAGAGGAGUCCAAAGAGGAAAUUGAAAGCAGCAUGGAGGAGAUAGAGGAAUUGCUGCUCAACCUGCCCUCUGAUUCCUACUAUGGCAUCUUGAAGGAACCGCUAACUGUCAUCCACCCGCUUUUGGGCUGCAGCGACCCCUACAGCCUCACACGGGUACUGCAUGAGGUGGAGCCACGCUACGUGGUUCUGUACGACGCAGAGCUGUCCUUCGUUCGUCAGCUGGAGGUCUACAAGGCCAGCCGUCCUGGGAAACCACUCAGGGUUUACUUUCUGAUCUAUGGGGGUUCAGUUGAGGAGCAGAGAUACCUGACAGCCUUGCGAAGAGAGAAGGAAGCCUUUGAGCAUCUCAUCAGGGAGAAAGCUAGUAUGGUGGUCCCAGAGGAAAGGGAAGGGCGUGAGGAUACGAAUCUGGACCUGAUUCGAGACCCCACCCCAGCAAACGCAUCUACAGACACACGCAAAGCAGGUGGUCAGCAGGCAAAGACGGAGCCUGCUCGGGUCAUCGUGGACAUGCGAGAGUUCCGAAGCGAGCUGCCGGCCUUGCUGCACCGCCGCGGCCUGGACAUCGAGCCGGUCACCCUGGAGGUGGGAGAUUACAUCCUGUCUCCAGAUGUCUGCGUGGAGCGCAAGAGUGUCAGCGACCUGAUCGGUUCCCUCAACAGCGGCCGGCUCUACACCCAGUGCCUGUCCAUGUCCCGCUUCUACCGGCGGCCCGUGCUGCUUAUUGAAUUCGACCCAGCCAAGCCCUUCUCCCUGACAGCACGAUCAGACUUCCGCCAGGAGAUCUCCGCCAACGACAUCACCUCCAAGCUCACCCUGCUCACCCUGCACUUCCCCCGGCUGCGGCUUCUCUGGUGCCCCUCCCCCCACGCCACCGCUGAGCUAUUUGAGUUGCUGAAGCGAAAGCAGCCGCAGCCCGACGCCUCUGCUGCCAUGGCCAUCACUGCCGACUCGGAUACAGUGCCCGAGUCGUCCGACCUCUACAGCCCCGGCCCCCAGGACCUGCUGCUCAGGAUGCCCGGCGUCAACGCAAAGAACUGCCGGGCACUCAUGAACGGAGCGGGCAGCCUGGCCGAGCUGGUGAACAUGAGCCAGGAGCAACUGGCAGAGCUCCUGGGCAACGCCACCAAUGCCAGGCUGCUGUACGAGUUCAUCCACACCUCCAGCACUCAGGCAGCGCCCAAGGGCAAAAAGGAAUGGAAAGGGAAGAGGUAAUGAUGCUCUGGGGGAACUUUGCUGGGAAGUUAGAUUUGAACUGGUCUUCAGAUCAGGAUAGCACUCAGAUGAUUUGUCUGGUUCUCGUUGGAGGCUUGCUGAGUUGGUAUCGAACACACACACACACACUCCUUGCAAUCCUGGACUGCAGUCCUUAUGCCAGGAACUGUAUAAGCUACUUUACUGCAUUUGUCAUCAGUCCAGUUUUAAACAGUAAAGGUUUGUUUUUUGACAACAUACAUUAUAAAUGCUUUUUUGAAUUGGGCCGCACAAAGAGGAGAAGGUGUUUCUUCUUGUAUAAUGGCAGCUUAGCCUGCUUAAUUAAUUUUGUAAAAAUAUGAAUUUAAAAAAUGUAUAUAUGUACUGUGUAGUCUAGCUAGCAUAUACCUUGCCUUUUCUCAAAAUAACUUAAAACAGUAAGUGAAAAGCAAAUGCAAAAACAUGACAAAUAAGAUACAUAAAAAAAUCUGAAGUAUGUAUUUUAUAGGACAGUAAAUAGAAUUUUUAUUAUUCUGUUAUUACUUUCCGCAGUGUUGGUAAUGUUGCAUUCCACUGUUUUUUUUAAAUAAAUUAUAUUGUACAGUGAGUGUACACUAUUGGUAUCAGAUUUGUGAUGCAAAAAUAAUACUGCAGAGUGAUCCAUUAGGUAGCAGUAUUCUAGAAUUGGACAGGAAUUCGGUUGUGAAAUUGGUGGCACGGUUGUAUAGUUAAGAGCACCCAAUGGUCAAUUGUUUGAGGCUUUACAAGCUUAAAACAAUCAUGUACGUGCAAAAUAUUAACAAUAGUAAUAUUAAUGAGGCGUCAACAUAAAACGAAUGGUGUUCUCAGGGUUUCUCAGCCAGUAAAAGACUUCAUUUGAAGCAUUAAUUCAUGUUGUAAAAUCCAGCUAACUAACUCUAGGAUUACAUUUAAUUAUGGGACCCCUGUCCUCAUAGCGUGGAUUUUAAUAACUACCAAAUAACAAUUAUGGUAAGUGUGUAUUUUUUUCAUGCUAAUACUGCCACAGAAAAACAGUGGUGUUUAUUACUGUUGUUGUCUGAUUCUUAUUCAGUUUUAUCUUAGGUUGAAGAGCAUACAUACUCUAGCUUUGAAACAUGCAUUUAAAUAUUUUAAUAUCAAGAACAAAACAUGUGUUUGUUUAUCAAUUUGAAGAAUAAAAGGAAACUGACACAAUGGUAAGCUUUUGUCACCUCUGAUUGUGUGGUGCUAGUGUUUAUAGCCACUAGAUGGCACUAUAUCCAAUACCGCAGACCAACUCCUGCAGUAUACCAAAACAAAACAUGAAAAUGAAUGUGGAAAGGAUUGGCAGGUGAGAAUGACACAGGAUGGACUAGGGAAAAUAAUAAUGCAAAAUAUUAUGCCUGUGGAAGGAAAAAUAAUUACUUAAAGAAGCAGACAAAUACAUAUGUAACUUGUAUAACAGAAAAUUAGAAGUAAACUUUCUUGUGGAGUGCAACUGCACUGUAGUACAGAUUUGAUGCAAAACUAAAAACAACUUUGGUUGGCAUAUACAUUGAUUAUGCAGGUGUAUAAGACCGCUAUGGCCAAACAUUUUGCAUCACCCUAUACAAUGAACUAAUUUUGCUUCAUAAAGUCGAAUGAAAAAUGUUAUGCUAGCUUAUUGAAUUACAU